GAGUGACUCGCCCGUCCUUUUAACUGCAGUUCACACGUUGCCGUCCCCCCUGCACCCUCCAGACGUGGGAACUGAGCGCUGUGUCUUUAAGGGGGACGAGCGGAGGUUUCCGCUCCGGACAAAAUGUCUGCGAGGAUCCUGGAGGGACCCGCAAUCCCUCCGCCAGGCUCCCUCCCGCCGUGCUCCAGGGAUGAUGGAUACAAAGAACCAAUUUGCUGUGACUACUUACGCUAACCAAAUGCCUGAAGCUUACCAAGCGAACUUGUUUUUCCCUCCAUGAAAGAAAAAACUGCUUGUCCCCUGAAUUUACUCCUGGCACUGCUGAUGGUUCUUCAAAACUCAGGGCUAGCGCUGCAGUCUCUGCCUGAGAACCUGGGGUUGGCCGGAAACCCUGAGGCAAUGACAGGGACCUCAGUGCCCUCAGGACAUGGACCUCCGACUAAUUUAAAGUCGCUGCAAAGAGGAUGAGGAGCGACGAACUGGCAGUGAGCAUGGAAGAGCCAGGUGGGCAGGACGAUGCUGCUGCGCUAGGCGGCCCUUUUCCUGGCCUGGAGCCGGCGCCUGCCGGCCGCCUGGGGGCGCCAUAUUCCGAGGCCUGGGGGUACUUUCACCUGGCCCCGGCGCGCCCUGGACAGCCGUCGGGCUACUGGGCCACCUGCCGGCUGUGCGGGGAGCAGGUGAGCCGAGGCCCAGGCUUCCACGCGGGCACGCCGGCGCUGUGGAGGCACCUGAAGAGCGCGCACCGGCGAGAGCUGGAGAAGAGCGCCGCCCGCCGCUCGCCGCCACCCGCCCCAGGCCCUGCUGCGGCCGCAGAGGGCGACUGGGCGCGCCUGCUGGAGCAGAUGGGCGCGCUGGCCGUACGGGGAAGCCUCCGAGAGCGCGAGCUGGCGCGUCGCGAGGCGGCCGUGGAGCAGGGCGAGCGCGCUCUGGAGCGGAGGCGCCGGGCCCUGCAGGAGGAGGAGCGCGCCGCGGCCCAGGCGCGGCGGGAGCUUCAGGCCGAGAGGGAGGCGCUGCAAGCGCGGCUACGGGAAGUAAGCCGUCGCGAAGGCGCCUUGGCUGCGGCCCCGCUGCAGACUCCGCUCAAAGAGGAGCCCGAGGGGGAGAGGGACGGCUGCAUGAUCACUAAGGUCCAGCUGUAGGUUUGGGUCGCUCCCGCCGUCCCGUGCCAGUGCUACUUUAAGUGUGGUCCGCGGACCGGCGUUUUCAGCCUCCCCUGGGGGCUGAAUCUCAGACCCGCUGCCUCCCGGUGAAUCGGGAUCUCAAAUUAGGACCUUGAAAAUUGCUUCCGAGGCCUGAACAAAACCAAAAAUCAUUUCUACUCUGCCUGGGGUGCCUGGAAGCGCAAGCUCCAGCGGCCCCCUUUUCUGUUGGCAUUUAGUGGGCACUCGUGCAGGGAGCGGUUUUCCUCCAACUGCCUUUGGGAAUCGUAUCUCAAGCAGCCCGUUGAACCUAAAUCUCCUGAGACUUUCUACCUGGUGACUCUGAAAGGACAGCUUCCUUACACACCAAAGGCUAUCACCAUGUGCCUGUACACUGGCCAGGACAACCCAGGGUGAGGGUCUCUGGAAAUAAGGGUAAAAAGCAUUUUAUCCAAAAGGAAGAGUUUUAUUAAUUUCCUAACGAGUAAAUAAAUCUUUGAUGAGCAGUCUUUACCCAACACCAAGUUCAGAAAAGCGGGCCCACUUAAGUUUCCACGGCUGCUCUUUACCCUCAUGAUCUCUUACGCCUCCGCAGGACAAUCCCGAGAAACCCUGUUUACUCUCCUCCCCACUUUGCACACCACCAAGUGCACCUUGGUCUGUUUCAUCUCAGCCGUAUUCUUUCCCGUUUCAGACCCACUGGCAGCUGUGGUCAAUGUCCCCACUUUCUCACACCUGCUCCCUUAGUAGCAAAACAUGACCUCAUCCUUCCUUGCUAGGAAGAACACUGCCUUCCCCACCUGUUCCACAGUGCCCACUUCUGGCUCAAAGGAGGUAUCCCUCCCACCUGAGGCAACUUCCUCUUAUGUUUACAUCCACUCCUUUUCCACCUUCACUGGCUCUUUGCUUCAUUCGAGUUCCCCGUUUCCUCUUUAUUCCCUCUCUUUACCCAGACUUUCUCUUUGUCAGAAAUGCCCAGUUUCCCUUGCACUGAAAAGAAAUACUUCCCCAGCCUGGACGCUCUCACCUGAACCACCAUCUAAGGAGGAUUAGGCCAUCCUUCCUGCCUCUUCUUCUUCCCCAUUCUUUGAUUCCUUCAUUCCAUGGUCAGCUUUCUAUGCUACACUGGACUCUUUAAGAAGCCACCUCAAUCUCCCAGUGGCUGAAUAUGAUUAUUUAUUCAAGCUUCAUUUUGCUUAGUCUCUCCCUUCUUGAAGUUUCUCCAUUGGUAGGGGGAAACUGCUUUUCCUCUACAGAAUUCCUUUUCCUAAUACAGGCUGGUUCCCAAACAAUUUUUCUUAGGUCUAUUUUCCCUCAUUUUUUUAUAUACUGAAAAAUUUCAAGCAUCUAGAAGAAGUUGAAAGGCUAGUGCAAUGAAUACCUGUAACAUCCACCUGAACUGAACAAUUAACAUUUUGUCAUAUUUACUUUUUCUUCCCUCCACCCCAUACAUACAUCAGUUUUCAUCCCUAAGUAUUUCAGUAUGUAUCUGCUAAUAAAGACAUUUUCUACAUUACAGUGCAAUUAUCAUACCUAAGAAUAUAAAGUAUUUCCUAGUAGUCUCUAAUAGUCCUCAAAAUGCCCCAAUUUUCCCAAGAAUGUCUUACCUUUUUUUAAAAAAAGGCUCCAAAGUUAAUAUGUUUUGAUUAUAACCCUUUUAUAAUCUUUUAGUCUACAACAUCCCCCUUACUGCUUUUUUUCUCAUGACACUCUUUAAAGAGUCCCAGCCACCUGUCUAAUAGAAUGUCCUACAUCUGGAUUUGUCUAAUUGUUUGCUUAAGCCAGUUUCCGCACUCAUUCUUAGCUCCUCUACCUCUAAGAGCUGCAAUAAUCAUCUCUAUGCCAACGGCUCCUGAACACUUCCAGCACUGAGUGUUCCCCCACCCCAGCCUGUCCUUCAUGUCUAAUCCCCUGCUGCGUGUUUGCAUUUUUACUUGCAUAACUGCCACUACAGAUGGAAAGGGCAAAUCUAUUCAACCCCACAUCCCCAGCCCUCACCUUUACUGGACUCUUAAAAUGUAUCAGGUACAUACACACUUUACAUGUAUUCUUUUACUUCAUUCUCAUAGCACCUCCACAAGGAGGUACUAAUAUUGAGUUGGCCAAAAUGUUCGUUUGGCUUUUUUCCGUAAGAUGGCUCUGGUAGCACUAAAGGCGACUGUCUUUAACUUCAUUUGAAACAAUUUUGUUAGAUCAUAUUGUGAUAGCUGUCAUGUCAAUAUGCAUUUUUUUAAAACGUAUCAAAAUUGAUGAGUUUUUUUGUAGCUGUUUUAAUAUUGAAAAUGGAAGAAAAUACACAAAAUAUGGGCAUGUUAUGCUUUAUUACUUCAGGAAAGGUAAAAAUACAACUGAAACACACACAAAAAAGAUUGUGCAGUGCAUGGAGGUGCUGUGACUGAUCAAACGUGUCAAAAGUGGUUUGUGAAGUUUUGUGUGGGAGAUUUCCACUGGAAGAUGCUCCGCGGUCAGGGAGACCAGCUGAAGCUGAUAGCGAUCAAAUUGAGACAUUAACUGAGAACAGUCAAUGUUCUAUCUUGCGGGAGAUAACCAACAUACUCAAAAUACACAAAUCAAUGAAGUUAUUGGUGAAAAUGAAAAAUGUGUCUUUUAUUUUACAGAAAAAACUAAGAGAACUUUUUGGCCAAUCCAGUAUUAUGCCUGUUUGGCAGCUAAGGAAACUGACAGAGGAGUUAAGUAGCUUAUAUAAGAACUCAGCUGUUAAGUAGUAGAGCUGAGAUACAAAUCCAGUCUUUACCCAGAUGCCAGGAUCCUAGCUGCUGUAUUAAGCCACCUGGCUGACACACCUGUUUCCUUCCUAACUCCAAUUCCAGGUUAAACCAUCAGAGACAUUAACACACACUAAGCAUUCACCAUGUGCCAGGGCCGUGCUAAAUGCUUUACAAGAAUAACUGCCGAUCCUGCCGCAACCCCCGUGACAUAAAUGCUCUUAUGCCCAUUUUGCAGAGGAAAAGACAGGCUCAGGGCAGCUAUGUAAUGUCUUCAGAGUCACAUAACUACUAAGAGACAGUGUGGGACUUGAACUGCAGCCUCACUGGAUCCUAAUCUACUGAGUCUAUUUCUACAAAAUCUCACACCUGUCUUUCUUAAGAUGCCACCUGUCAAACUCAAGCCCCAUUUAUCAGUAAUCUGGAAUUCAUCUUCUCAUCCUUGUCUUCCCCCACUGUCCCCUACCUGACACUCAACUUGGCCUGAAGGAUUGUACCGAGCCAGUGCUGGUAUCACUUUUCCUGCUCAAGAGCCCCCAAAGAACACCUAUCAUCUACAAGCUUCAACUUCGUGGCCUGACAUCCAAAUCCACCCACACUGGCCAGUCUUAGUUGUCCCCUCCCCUACAUAUUCUCCAGCCAAACUGGAUUCCUUGUUCUUCCUGACAUGCCCUAGUCUUGGUGCCUCUGUGUCUCUGAUCACCCUGCCUCCACUUAAAAAUUCCUUUAAUCUGAGUAUGAAAAAUCCACUCAUUUUUCUAAGACCAAGCCAAAAUUUGACUGCCCACACGAAGCUUCCCUUGGUUCCUCCUCAUUUAGAGAUGAUUGCUUACUGCACUGGACUCUUAUAGCAUUUAUAUCUCACAUCCUUUAGAACAGACCAUUUAGCAUAUGGCUAGGUGGGUUCUUUGCCAGACCCGGAGCCCUUGGAGUUCACUCAUUCUUUUACUCCCACAAUGCCUUGCAUAACAUAGCUGUUUAAUAAAUACUUGAGGCAUCAAAUCCACUCAGUGUGUUUAAGAUUUUUAUGGGUUAGUUCUCUCAUAAUUAUUAAUAUAACUAAUCAUUUAAUUCUCUGAGUAGAAUUAGAAAAAUUAGCCUAAAAUGAAAUUGCAGUAAUGAUUUUUUAAGCUGUCUAGUCAAUAAAAUCUAAUUAGUAUCAGUUAUUGGGCUGUUUGAUUUGAAUCCAAUCAACUACUCUAGCAUGUCAUUAUCAGGAAUGUUUUUCUUAAAACUAAUUUUUUCAUUACUCAAGUAAUAUAAAUGCAAUGCCCCAAUCUGGGAAGAACAGCAGGGGGGAAGAACAAGGCCACACAGUCC